UGCUGGGGCAAAACGUCUACGUGUCUUGUGCUCUUCCUCCGACAGGAACAAACCGCACGGUGCUUGAUCACCACAGCUGAAGGUAUGAUCAGCUAAGGAAACGCGCUAACUCAGAACGCCGUCAUUUCAUGUCGCCGCGAUAAGCAAGCAUCGCCGAAUGGAUCCCGGCUCCUUGGGCAAGGACAGCGUCGUGUCAGAGCCUUGCAGGGACGAAGAUUCGUCCGAAGCAGCAACAUCGCAUCCGCCGCCCACUGUGACUACGUGCGAAGGUCAGGGCUUCAACCGGGGCUCGUCGUGGAAGAAGAUCAUGCGCGCCAAAUUGAGGCGCGAUCCAUGUCGGCCAUCCCACAACAUCGGCGCUGCCGAAAGUGAUGUCGAGGGGUUACCCGACUCAACUGGUGAGCACCAGACGCUAUGCCCCACUGCGAACAACGUCCAGGAUACAGCAUUGUCGAACGUCGAAGACCAAUUCGCCAUGGUGCGCGAUACAGUCACAGAAAUCGGUGAGUCUUCCACGCAAGUUUCCUCGAUUCACGUUGCCUCACACACAGUGGCCCGUGAUGCCAACAGCAACGAUCUCGUCUCUUUCUCUACAAAUAUAAACAAAAGUGCAGCCACAGUGGCGCCAUCGAGCUCUCUGGAAGUCGGUGCAGGCGCACGCCCGAAAACUGGAACGGCGCGGGUCAGGUCCAAAACAAAGGUAUAUUCGGGGACCCAUCUUCCCGGUACCCGUUGCAUGCCAAGAACUAGCGACGAGAUCAAAAAACAGCACAGCAUGCAACGGGACUCACCCAAAGAUAUGCACAGAGCACGGCCGCAAGAUGCAGAGAAAAAUAAGGAAUCGCUACUGCUGCAGUUCGAGGAGGAGGAGCAGAAGGAAAAUAAUGAAGAAUCAGUGCUCCACCAUAAGAACGCCAAGUUGCAGUCGGUGUGGAAAGAACAUUUCGCUCUUCUGGAGAAAAAAGACUCUUUGCUGGCACGGCUUCAAAGUCAGGAUGAUUUCAUGCGGACUGUCGAGGCCAAUGCACGAAGACUUGAACAGAAGGAAAAAGAGUUGGAGAGGCGCAAAGCCCAAAUGAAGAAAAUGCAGGCUAUUAUCCAAGAAAUGGAGCAGAGGCUGAGGGAGGAAGACGAAGUGGUGAAUCAAUUGGAGGAGGAGAAUGCACUGCUAAGGGAGGACGAUUCAGAGGACCCGGGCCGCAAUGAAGGUGGCUAG